AUAAAGUAGGCAAAAAACAUUGUCAAUCAUGCCACCCAGGCCAUCGUCGGGUGAACUAUGGGGCAUCCACUUGAUGCCCCCUCGGAUACUGGUGGAAUGUUUGUUACCAAAUGGAAUGAUGGUAGUCUUAGAAUGCCUUCGUGAGGCGACUCUUGUCAAUAUUAAGCAUGAACUGUUUAAAGAAGCCAGGAAGUAUCCUCUGUAUCACCUUCUUCAAGACGAAUCCUCUUACAUUUUUGUGAGUGUUACACAAGAGGCGGAACGCGAGGAGUUUUUCGACGAGACGCGCCGCCUCUGCGAUCUUCGACUCUUUCAACCUUUCCUGAAAGUCAUCGAACCCGUUGGCAACAGAGAGGAAAAAAUUCUUAACCGAGAAAUAGGUUUUGCCAUCGGCAUGCCGGUUUGUGAGUUUGACUUGGUGAAGGAUCCAGAGGUCCAGGACUUCCGUAAAAAUAUCCUGAAUGUUUGUAAAGAUGCCGUGGAGCUUCGUGAUGCCAACGGCCCCAUCAGCAGAGCACUUUAUGUUUAUCCGCCCAAUGUAGAGUCCUCGUCAGAGCUUCCUAAGCACAUAGAAAGUAAACUAGAUAAAGGGCAAAUAAUUGUGGUUAUUUGGGUCAUUGUAUCCCCUAACAAUGAAAAGCAGAAGUAUUCUUUGAAGAUCAAUCAUGACUGUGUCCCCGAACAUGUCAUAGCUGAAGCAAUUAGGAAAAAAACCAGAAGCAUGUUACUGUCCUCCGAGCAGCUGAAGCUUUGCGUUCUGGAGUACCAGGGGAAGUACAUUCUGAAAGUGUGCGGCUGCGAUGAAUACUUGCUGGAAAAGUAUCCGCUGAGCCAAUAUAAGUAUAUACGAAGCUGUAUAAUGCUCGGUCGCAUGCCCAAUUUAAUGCUAAUGGCCAAAGACAGCCUUUACAACCAGAUUCCAGUGGACACUUUCACAAUGCCGUCUUAUUCGAGGCGCAUAUCAACAGCAACUCCUUACAUGAACGGCGAAGCUUCCGCCAAAUCCUUGUGGGCAAUCAACAGUACUCUGCGGAUCAAAAUUCUGUGUGCGACGUAUGUAAACGUAAACAUUAGAGACAUUGAUAAGAUCUAUGUCCGAACUGGUAUCUAUCAUGGAGUUGAGCCGCUGUGUGAUAAUGUGAACACUCAGAGGGUGCCAUGUUCAAACCCAAGGUGGAAUGAAUGGCUUUCCUAUGACAUGUACAUCCCCGAUUUACCCCGUGCUGCUCGCCUUUGUCUUUCCAUUUGUUCAGUGAAAGGCAGGAAGGGUGCUAAGGAAGAGCACUGUCCAUUAGCUUGGGGCAAUAUAAAUCUGUUUGAUUACACAGAUACGUUAGUUUCUGGGAAAAUGGCUCUAAACUUGUGGCCUGUUCCCCAUGGGUUGGAGGAUUUGCUCAAUCCUAUCGGUGUUAGUGGAUCCAAUCCUAACAAGGAAACCCCCUGCUUAGAGCUCGAAUUUGACUGCUUUAGCAGCCCAGUCAAAUUCCCAGACAUGGCUGCAGUCGAAGAUCACGCCAAUAAAGUCCUUGAGUGUGAAAUGGGCUACAAUUACAGCCACGCAGGAAUAACUAACAGAAUAGCGAGAGAUCAUGAAGUCCGAGAGUGUGACAAAGAGCAGCUGAAAGCAAUUUCUAACCGCGACCCGCUUUCGGAAAUCACAGAACAAGAAAAAGAAUUCCUGUGGAGUCACAGGCAUUAUUGUCUGAAUACCCCUGAAGUACUGCCCAAGCUGCUUCUUGCAGUGAAAUGGAAUAGCAGAGACGAUGUAGCACAGAUGUACUGCUUGGUUAAAGAGUGGCCUGCACUCCGACCAGAGCAAGCAAUGGAACUUCUGGAUUUUAAUUACCCUGAUCGGAUGGUGCGAUCGUUUGCAGUGACAUGCCUUGAGAAGUAUUUAACAGAUGACAAGCUUUCACAGUAUUUAAUCCAGCUUGUCCAGGUGCUGAAAUAUGAGCAGUACUUGGAUAACUUACUAGUGCGAUUUCUUCUAAAGAAGGCUCUGACGAAUCAAAGAAUAGGACAUUUCUUUUUCUGGCAUUUAAAGUCGGAAAUGCACAACAAGACUGUCAGCCAGAGGUUUGGUUUGGUGCUGGAAUCCUACUGCCGUGCAUGUGGGAUGUAUCUGAAGCAUUUAAGCAGACAAGUGGAGGCCAUGGAGAAGCUAAUUAACCUCACAGAUAUUCUCAAACAGGAAAAGAAAGAUGAGACUCAGAAGGUUCAGAUGAAGUUCCUUGUUGAACAAAUGAAGCGGCCAGACUUCAUGGAUGCAUUGCAGGGAUUUACCUCACCUCUGAACCCUGCACAUCAGUUGGGCAACCUCAGGCUGGAAGAAUGCAGGAUAAUGUCUUCUGCCAAAAGACCGCUCUGGUUAAACUGGGAAAAUCCAGAUAUUAUGUCAGAGAUGCUGUUUUUGAACAAUGAGAUCAUCUUUAAAAAUGGAGAUGAUUUAAGACAAGAUAUGCUGACACUUCAGAUCAUACGCAUCAUGGAAAAUAUUUGGCAGAAUCAAGGCCUUGAUUUACGGAUGCUGCCUUAUGGUUGCCUAUCCAUUGGUGAUUGCGUAGGACUUAUUGAAGUUGUGAGAUGUUCUCAUACGAUUAUGCAAAUUCAAUGCAAGGGAGGCUUGAAAGGUGCAUUGCAGUUCAACAGUCACACGUUACACCAGUGGCUAAAGGAUAAAAACAAGGGUGAAACGUACGAUGCUGCCAUAGACUUGUUCACUCGAUCUUGUGCUGGAUACUGCGUUGCCACUUUUAUCCUCGGCAUAGGUGACAGACACAACAGUAACAUCAUGGUUAAAGACAAUGGGCAGCUAUUUCACAUAGAUUUCGGGCACUUUCUGGAUCACAAGAAGAAAAAGUUUGGGUACAAACGUGAGCGUGUACCCUUUGUAUUAACCCAAGACUUUUUAAUAGUAAUCAGUAAAGGAAUUCAAGAAUGCACAAAGACCAGGGAUUUUGAGAGGUUUCAAGAAAUGUGUUACAAAGCUUACUUGGCAAUUCGUCAGCAUGCAAACCUUUUCAUCAACCUCUUCUCCAUGAUGCUUGGCUCCGGAAUGCCUGAACUGCAAUCUUUUGAUGACAUUGCCUACAUUCGAAAGACAUUAGCCUUGGACAAAACCGAGCAAGAGGCUCUGGAAUAUUUCAUGAAGCAGAUGAAUGAUGCCCACCAUGGUGGCUGGACAACAAAAAUGGACUGGAUCUUCCACACGAUAAAGCAACAUGCUUUGAACUGAACACAAACCCAAUGAAGCAUACAUUAGACUUCACUACUUUCCAGGUCCUGCACUGUUCACAUAGACAGCCAGUGGAAGCCGGCUGCAUGGAAAUUGCACAUACCAUGAAGAACAUUAAUGUUUCUACAGAAGCUAAGAGGAAAAACAUGUAUACGCAUUAAUGCUAACAGGGUCUGCAACAACACUAAAGAAACACUUUUCAAGAGCUAUGGCGUGGUUUCAAAAGAUAAUGCCUUAAGCCCGAUCAGAAGGCUAACACUCACUGCUUGUGUACAAUAGAUAAUGUAAAUGUUUUCAGUCUUUUUGCUACAAAUGGACGUUUGGCACAGACUUAUUUUGUUUUUGUGAUUCCCAGUUACAUUUUGGGGAUACUGAUCGUGGGCCAUGAUGCAGUAAGAGUGAUAGUAUAAACCGGAUUGGAGGGCAAUACCCUUCGCAAAUGCCUCACAGUAUUGUAUGACUUCAAUGCAACUUUUAGAACUGUGACAGGUUAUUGAAGUGAUUUAAGAUUAGCAUUGUUAGAAGUCAGCCUCUUCAUUUUCCUACACCUUUGUUUAUUGUUUUAAAAUGGUUGCGCCUUCUCAGAAGAACAAAGUUGGAAGCUUUCAUCUAAUGUUUUACGGUCAAACUUUAGGGAUAUGACCAUAAAAAAAUCAAAUCUCAAGUUUACCUAGUGAACCGGUGUCAAGCAGACAAGCUAAAUCCCAGCCAGUCCUGUGUGAACUGCCCACAGA